CAACUAGGCAUAUAUAAAGCACGGUUGGCAUUAGUUGGCUAUAAUGGUUGUAAUAAAUGACAUUUACUUGGUUUAGAGGACAAGGUAUUGCUGAGUAUUGCAAUAUUGCUAUAUAUACAAUAGACAUGCAAAACCUAUGGCAGAGCAGCUGUAUUUACAAGGUCGGAACAUAAAUAAAUAGAGAGACUGUAGCCACCCGGAGUGUUUACUAUCUGGGUCGAUCAUGUUGUCAGUUGCACUUGCUGCAGUUCUGUCAGUUUUUAUUUAUUUUGUGUGGCUAAAAAUAAUAUAUCGCCAAUACCGACAGUGCGUAGCAGAGAAUGGGACCGGGUAUAUUGUAUCAUUAAUCCAAAAGGCUUCUAUUACAAAAGACCCAGACGGAAUUUGUUCUCACGGUAAACAUAGAAAAGAGAGAGUACCAUGGCUACGCGCUGCCGCCGGGCAGGACAGAGUUUCCGAAAAUCUCCGAGUGCUUUUUGUAACUGCACACCCCGAUGACGAGUGCAUGUUCUUUGCUCCGGCGAUCAUACAUUUUGUGAAGUUAAAUGUUUCGGUGUACUUGUUGUGCUUGUCGGCAGGAAAUUACUACAAUCAAGGAGAAAUUCGGAAGAAGGAACUUCUCAAGAGCUGUGGUGUUCUUGGAAUCCCAGCAGCUCACCUGACAGUCAUUGAUUGCAGCGAGCUUCCAGAUCAUCCCAGAGUGCAAUGGGACACAGACCUUGUCUCGACGCUCAUCCUCAAGCAAGUAGAAGCCAGCACAAUUAACCUGGUGCUGACUUUCGAUAAAAGUGGAGUAAGUGGCCACAAUAACCACAUCACCCUCUACAGGUCUCUCAGGUAUCUUUCUUGUGCAGGGAAAUUACCAGAAGGAUGCUGCGCUGUUGCCUUGGAAACAGUGAAUAUCUUCAGGAAGUACGUCUCCAUCUUCGAGCUGCCAAUUAGCUGGUUCAGUGCCUCUGACUUUAUUUCGAUCAUAUGGAAAAAGGAAUACGGACAAGCUAAGAGGGCCAUGUGUUGCCAUGACAGCCAGAUGCUAUGGUUUCGCCAGGUCUACCUGCUGUUUUCACGCUACAUGUUCAUUAACACAUUCCGGCUGAUCUCGGAAGAAAGAAAGUGCUAGAAAACCGGAAGAACUGGCCUUUCAUUUAGUUAACACUGUGCCCUGUUUGAAUUGGCACACAUGCAGUAUCAACACCAGACAGAACAUUAGAAACAUCUGCCAUAACAAAUGAGUCAUUUGAGGGACAAUCAGUUUCCAAAGCAUGUGUUAAAUAUGGCAGGUGUUUCUUUUCCUGUUUUUAUUUGUAUCCAUCCCCUGUAUGUCUUUGGUACUUUGUUUUAUUAGUGUGAAUUUACUGUGCAACCAUGUAUACAAUCAGAUGACAUAGUACAGAUCACCACCAUUUGAAACAGGCGUGCCUAACUUUUCCUUUACAAAAGGAUCCUCCUAUUAACGGGACUGUCUGAACUCCAGCUUACUGUACACGAGUGGAUUAGUCCUGUGAGUCUUUCAUCCAGUCUGUGUCGAACGAAGGAGCAUCACUGUGUGUACCUCUCCUUGGCCUACAGUCAGUGACUGUGAAUCUCAAGUUCAAAGGAGGACAGAUACGGUGGAUCAUGUCAUGCACUGUAUAGAUGUUUUAAGAAAACAAGUUUUGUUAUAUUGAAUAAAAUGAAGACAUCGAUUGAACUGAAAUAUGCAUUUCUUCUUGUUUGAGGAAUUAUUCAGAAUGCUGAGUGGCAUUGGUCACUUUUUCUGCACACAGGCAGUUAUACAGGGUGAUUAGACAGUAAAUCAAUGAUAGGGUGCGCUGAGGUGGUAAACUUUCUGAUCACCCUGUAUACUGUGCAAAGUGUAAGUUUCCCAGUUUCAAGGUAUAGGGACCUUGACAGGAAAGUGCUGGAAUUCAGAAAGUGUACUUUGGCCUUCCUUUAUAAGCUGCCUGAAGAAAUCCUCAGCAAAACCAGCAUCCUCCAAAUGCAGUUUAAAGGAAACUUCAAAGAUCAAACAGUCUGCACAAGUAUAAUGGUAACGAAAUACCAUUAUAAUAAAAACACUUGUUCUGUAUCGCUCUAUUAGACCCUUGAUCUUUUCAGUGUGUUUCGCACACAGUACAAUGGCACAGUGAAUGACAGGUUCACAAUGUAGCUCAUCUUCCGAAGCACAGACUGUG